CCGGUUUUCCUGGCAUGACCUUUUCCCUUGGCAACCACUUCCUCCGAGCAUCCACGGCCAUCUUUAAUUUUAACUCAUUCAUGAAAAGUUGUUCCGCUCAUGUAAACACGCCGAGCGACAUUCUGCUGGAAGCAGCUUCUCCGGCUCCGAGUGCAUGUAGAGCCGCUCCACGCCGAGCCGAGCCGAGCCGAGCCGCCCCAGCUGGCUGUCCGCCCUCCUCACUAACACCCAGCGUACGUGCAUAGUGUUCCGUGCAUCACCAGGCACGUCUCCACGCGUGUUCCAGGCUGAUUUCUGACUCGAAUCCUCCGAGCUGUCCGAUGAGAAAGAAGCAGACUGCCAAACAGAGGAAGACUGAGGAGACUACAGUUGUCCAGGAGUUUGUGGUAGAAAAAAUAAUCCGCCGCAGAAUCUUUGAUGGUAGAGUUGAGUACUUCCUGAAGUGGAAAGGCUUCACUGAUGCAGAGAAUACGUGGGAGCCUGAGGACAAUCUGGACUGCCCUGAACUCAUCGAGGAGUUCCUGAGAAACACCCAUUUUCUAGAUGAGGAAGAGCACACGGAACAAGAGUUCAUACCUAAAGAAGAAAUGACAGAGCAAGAGACGGAAAUUUCCUGCCUGCAGCAGCAGCAGGUUCACGCUGUGCAGAGCAGCAACCAGCCGGACCAGCAGCCGGACUCCCCCACUGACCUCAGCUCCUACCUGGAGCCUGAAUGCAUCAUCGGCUCCACGGACCGGCAGGGAGAGCUCAUGUUCCUCGUCAAAUGGAAGAACUCUGAGGACGUGGCGCUGCUGCCGGCCCGUGAGGCCAGCGCCAGGUGUCCCCAGGUGGUCAUCGACUUCUACGAGCAGAAGCUGAGCUGGCACUGCGGGGACGAGGAGCAGUGAAGCGUGGUUGUGUACAGAUAAACAGCUGAAGCUUAGUUUCACCUCCAUCAGUCCUCCUCCAGCUCACAUUAAAAGCACACUGUGUGAAAUUACAGGUAGAGUCUCAGAGAUCUCAGCGGGGACGGUUUAUAGCCCUCUGCCCCGUGGUGCUCUACGGGGUCUCUGUGCCUUUGUGGGGACUUCGAUGGAGAGUAAAACUAAUCUUUGCGUAGAGCAUUUUAAGGUCAGACUAACCUGUAGCAGCUUUGGUCUGUGAAACAGACAGAAUCACUGUGGAAAUGUUUUGUUUUGACUGUUCUAUGAUAUUUAGUGUUUCUCGUCCUGUUUAGCUCCAUGUUUGGUUCUUCAGUGUGUGUCUAUCUUUAACAGUAGCGUUAUGAAGCAGAGUGAGCUAACUAACGUACCUCCGCUCAGCAGAUCUUUAGUUAGAGCUGCAGACUGUAGAGCUGCAGAUUGUAGAGCUGCAGACUGUAGAGCUGCAGACUGUAGAGCUGCAGACUGUAGAGCUGCAGAUUGUAGAGCUGCAGAUUGUAGAGCUGCAGAUUGUAGAGCUGCAGACUGUAGAGCUGCAGAUUGUAGAGCUGCAGACUGUAGAGCUGCAGACUGUAGAGCUGCAGAUUGUAGAGCUGCAGACUGUAGAGCUGCAGAUUGUAGAGCUGCAGACUGUAGAGCUGCAGAUUGUAGAGCUGUUUGUUGUUUGAACGUGUAUCCUGUGAGGUGUUUAUAGCCUUUUCUGUGUCUCUGUUGCUGUAUUAUCCUUUGAUAUGUUUGUUUGAUGUCAAAUAUUUAAAAAUGUUGCCCACCAGAAAUUUCCCCCUUUUCCAAUCAGCUGCUAAGUACCAAAUGUUCUCUUCUUCUUUGUAAUGUAACCAGAGUAUUGUUGAAUAUUCGGUGCUUGCACAAAGAAAUGUCAGUUUGAAUCAGAGGAUAAUAAUAUUUCUAAAAUCUGUUGAGAUUAACACAAUAACUGAACCUGUGAUGGUUGAUACGAUUGUUAAUGUAGCACUUUAGAUAUGAGACUGUCCUUUUACUUGCUGUCCUCCAGUAUUACAGGGACGUGAAGUCCUGACUCGACAUAUCUCCCGUGACUGAUGGGACACUGAACCUUAAACCUCCUAACAACCUGCUACUGAUUACUGUUGACCAUGGAUCUGUGAAGUCUGUGAAUAAAAGAAACCUUUUUUGUCAA